AUGAAGACACACAGUGGACAUUUGCUCACCAUGAAGCCCUUCCAGGAGACAGAGGACAGACAGGACAGAAAGGUCAUAAAAUCUCAGGUGGAGAAGCGGCGGCGGGAGAGGAUGAACUGCAGCCUGGAGCAUCUGAGGACAAUGUUACUGCAGGAGCCACAACAUCUGAGUGGAGCUCAAGGCAGAGUGGAGAAAGCUGAGAUCCUGGAGCACACCAUCCUCUUCCUCCAGAAAACUGUCAAAGGAGACAAGUCCAGAGCAGGAGAAGAAAGAGGACAAAGAGGAGGUCAGAAGAAGUCGUUCCAGGAUGGUUUCUCCUCUUGCCUGCAGAGAGCAGCUCACUUCCUGGGUCCUCAGGGAAAAGGCCCGUGGCUCACAGCCGCCCUGGACACAUACUUUGCCGCUCACGUCGCCCAGCGCUCAGACUCUGACUCUUCGGUGGAGAGCAGCUGCUCCUCCGGCUCUCUCACACGGACAAAGUCCAUCCUCCGCAUGCUCCGGCAGAAGUCCAAACACGGAGUGAGGACGCAAACCACCAGCAUCAGCGCUUCUCUCCAUCCCUACGCACGGCGGCGUCCCGUCCUGCCAGCGUCUCCCAGAGUCUCCUCACUGACACAGACACAGAGUCGGCGUGACGUCAGGGCGACGACGAGUGCAGGCAGCAAACAGAGCCUGACCCAGAACGGCCCGGUCACCCAGACUCUGUGGAGGCCCUGGCCUUAAAAACCAUGAGGUCCUGACCUCUGAACCUUGAACUUUUUUUUUUUUUUUUUUGAAAAAAAACAGUCUUUGACGCGUGCCACCAGACUCACAGCCUGUAAAUAAUGUCAACAUCUCACAUGUUGAUGUUGCUGUUGGUGUGUUUGAUGCGUUUUGAGUGAGCUCAGGAAAGACAGACGUGGUCUGGGUUCAGAGUCUGUGAUCUGAGUCUGGGCCAAAAAAUUAACUCACAGAGGUGAGUAACACAGAGCAGAAGAGCCUCCUCCUCCUCAUCUUCCUCCUCCAUAUCUCUGCGACUGACUCUGGUAUUGACAAUAAUCCAGUUCCCCUCCAUCACAUUUCCAGCUGUGGCGCCACCUGCAGGGGUUUGACUCCCUUACAUCUCCACACCUGAGCCCUGAUGUUCAUCCAAAACAACCCAACUGUUAUUAUUGUCUAUUUUGCACACUUAAUUUAUUCUGGAUGUCUCCCUAUGGCGAGAAAUAUUU